CAAGGGAAAACGGAGCUUUUCAUUUCAGAGAGGGACAGGAAGAGGGAGAGGAGGAAUCCAUGGCGAGGAUCAAGGUUCACGAGCUCAGAGGCAAGUCCAAGGCCGAACUACUAAGCCAGCUGAAGGAUUUGAAAGCAGAGCUUGCUCUCCUCCGAGUCGCCAAGGUCACCGGCGGAGCCCCUAACAAGCUCUCUAAGAUAAAAGUGGUGAGGCUGUCGAUUGCGCAGGUGUUGACAGUGAUUUCACAGAAGCAAAAGGCUGCAUUGAGGGAAGCCUACAAGAAGAAGAAGUUCCUGCCACUUGAUCUGCGUCCGAAGAAAACCAGAGCCAUUAGACGACGCCUUACUAAGCAUCAGGCAUCUUUGAAGACAGAAAGGGAGAAGAAGAGGGAAAUGUAUUUUCCCAUGAGGAAAUAUGCCAUUAAGGUGUAAGGUCUCUGUUGGGAAGGAUCCUUUGUGUUUUACUAUUUCAAUGCAAUUACGCGAUAAUGUUUAAAAUUUGUUUUCAGUUGAAUGUAGAAUUAUUUUGAUAUUGCACCUAGCGUGAUCACUCUUCAUGAGACCUUAAUGCUUUAGUUCUUUUUUUCCUA